CUGCCCUAUAGCAGCGCCUCUACGUCUGCGUUGCGCAACAGUGUCUAUUCUCUGGCCAGCACCCAGCUAGCUGCAGCUGUCAUCGCAGCAGAAGGUAGCUAGGCAGCAAGAAGGAAGGCAGUAAGGAAGAAGCAGGUAGCGAAAUUAAGGGAGGAGCAAGAAAUACCAGAGGAAGGAAGCGUCUGUAUUGCUAGUGGUAGUAGUAGCUAUGGAUCAGUUCACUGCGAGCGGGAGGUUUUCUAAAGAGGAGGAGGCGGACGAGGAGCAGGAGGACGCGUCCAAUUCCAGGCGCGAGAUCCCCUUCAUGACGGCGGCCGCGACCGCGUCAUCUUCAGCGGGCGUAUCGACGAGCGCAUCUGCGUCUGCCUCGGGAAGUAGUAGCGCCCCUUUCAGCUCUGCGUCAGGGGACGGUGCCGGAGCGUCGGGGAGCGGCGGCGGCGGAGGCGGCGGCGACGUGGAGGCGGUGGAGAAGGAGCACAUGUUCGACAAGGUGGUGACGCCGAGCGACGUGGGAAAGCUCAACAGGCUGGUGAUCCCGAAGCAGUACGCGGAGAAGUACUUUCCCUUGGACUCGGCGGCCAACGAGAAGGGCCUCCAGCUCAGCUUCGAGGACCGCGCCGGUAAGCCCUGGCGCUUCCGCUACUCCUACUGGAACAGCAGCCAGAGCUACGUCAUGACCAAGGGCUGGAGCCGCUUCGUCAAGGAGAAGCGCCUCGACUCCGGGGACACCGUCUCCUUCUCCCGCGGCGCCGCCGAGGACGCGCGACACCGCCUCUUCAUCGACUGGAAGCGCCGAGCGGACACCCGCGGCCCGCUCCGCUUUCCCAGCCUCGCGCUCCCGAUGCCGCUGGCGUCGCACUACAAUUACAGCCCGUGGGGCAUCGGCGGCGGCAGCGGCGGCGGUGGAUUCUUCAUGCCGCCCUCGCCGCCCGCCACGCUCUACGAACACCGCCUCCGCCAGGGCGUCGACUUCCGCGGCGGCAUGAGCUACCCCGCGUCCGCGGUGGGGAGGCAGCUCCUCUUUUUCGGCUCAGCCAGGAUGCCAGCCAGGAUGCCUCUGCACGCGCCGCUCCUGCCGCGCGCGCCGUCGCCGCUGCACUACACGGUGCAACCGAGCAACGCUGGUGUAACCGCCGCCUCACCGGUGGUUCUUGACUCGGUACCAGUCAUCGAGAGCCCGACGACGGCCGCGAAGCGAGUGCGGUUGUUCGGCGUCAACCUUGACAACCCGGAUUCAGGGGGCGGCGGAGAGCCGAGCAAUCUGCAGGGCAAUGCAUUGUCGUUGCAAAUGCCCGGAUGGCAGCAAAGAACUCCUACGCUACGGCUUCUAGAAUUGCCACCUCGUGGCGCAGAGUCCUCCGCUGCAUGGUCUCCGUCGUCGUCGUCUUCCUCCAAGAGGGAGGCGCGUUCCGCUUUGGAUCUCGACCUGUGACCUAAAGGGAGAAUCAAAGGAAAGUUCAACAAUUCUUUCUUAUGUUUGUUUUGGUUUUUUUCUCAUCACCUCACCUUGUCUUUCGAUUGAUCCAUUAUAACAUUUGAUGAUACGAGCUAGGAUUUGACAUUUUCCUUGGUUUUGGCUCUUGAACUUUUGAGUUGGAUUGAGAAGAUACAGAUAAACACAGGGAAAGUCAAUGUUUCUUUUACCAAAUUUAUGUGCCAUGUUCUUCAGCACUCUCAUGCUCUGAAUUUGCUCGCGCUGUUACAUUCGGUUGAUGUGUACUUCAGUACUUGCCAUGAUUUAAUUGGAAAUUCCCAAGCAUAUUGAUUGAUUCCCUACAUAUGAUAACAUAUGUCUGCAAAUCUGUCUAUGGUAUCCUUGCCAAGAUUUGAAGAUAUCCAUCUGCGGAACUCCAAAGCGCCGAUAGAAGAAGAAGCAUCUUUGAUGUGAACUUAUAUCUCCCAGAACAAAUGAAUUCGCAACUCUGGAAACCCGAAUGGACGACAUUGAUCACGCAUUUACGACAGACAAGCCUGAAGCAACAAUUGCAGCUCGAGUCUGUUCUCCACGUCAACGCCCUCGGCGAAGAACCAACAGAGCGGAGGUGUGCAAUCUGUUGGCUGCCAGUGCAAGCCCUUCUUGUGCGAUGUGUGUGUUGUUGCUUGAUCGAUGCUCGACCCCUUCUCUCCUUUUACUGCAGUUGCAGCCAGGGAGUACUGAAGGGCGUGUGGGAGCAGAAGAGGCGGAGGCCAGCUACCGGCUACCGGCCUCUCAGCUCGAUCGGGUGGCUAGAUGUCGAUCCGUAACUAGCGAUCUGUAGGGGAAUGGGUGCAAUUCUUUUGCAAUCGGGUGGGAGGGAAAUUUAGAAGGGAUGGGUAUGCUGAACCUUUGAAGGAAAGUACCUUUGGUCCACUGAAAGAUGGGAAAGUGCAGAGGGAUAUAGGAUUGGGAAGGUGAAAAGAGAAAGGUGGUAGCCUUCUUCGCAAAGAAUGGAGUGGAAGUACCUUUCUCACAUGGAGCAAGUGCCUGCUCACUUCUUCUACUUCUUAUUUGCUCGGAAAGAAAAAAAAAACUUUUUUGCCUGGCUGUGUUCAAUAUGUAAUUUCUGUCCAAACUGAGUCCAUGCUAUAUAUGCAUGCGUCCCUCUAGCUGGUGUCUACAACUGCAACUUGGUGGUUCAUCGGUCUCUCAUAGGGGUAGAGCUGUAGAUAGAUGACUUUCUAUAAGCGUCUAGGCCUGAUAACACAAUUAUUGUGACUGACGAAUUUAAUGUAGGAUUAUUGAAAGUUAGAUCACGGUAAUGAUUCUUGGGUAUUCUCGACCUCCAUCGUGAUUGUUAAAGGAUACGCAUGAAUAAUAUUAAGUGUUAUUUAGUUCUAGUUAAGUGUGUCGCAAGGAGUUAGAUUGACACUUAGAAUAGAUAGAUUUCUUUUUUUUUCUUUAGCCAUGCUAUUAAUAGGGGAUUGAGGGUAUUAACUUGAUCUAAUUUGAGCUAGAGUGAUAGUUAUGAUACACACUAGUCGAGUCUAACACUAAGUAGCUCAGAUGAAACCUAAGAAAUCAAAGAUCUAAUAUGGAUCAAAAUUUAGAAAGAUUUGAUUUUUUCAAAACAGCUGGGCAUCUUGAUCCUACACUUUUCUGCAGGGGUGCUGUCCUCUCU